AUGAGCGAACAAUCCAACCCAACAGAAGACCAACAAAAAGAAGCGCUGGCCGCCUUCACAGCAACGCUCCACUCAGUGGGCACGAACCUUGAAGCUCCACUGCGCGACCGCGCAGCGAACAUCCAAUCGAACGCUGCAGCACUGGAGCGGCAGGAAGCCGAGUUAGCGGAGAAUACGGCGAGACUGGCGCGGCAGAAUCAGCAGUGGGUUGGGUUGGCGGAUGAGACGCGGGAGGGACUGAAGGAGAUUGGGGAUGUGCAGAAUUGGGCGGAGAUGAUUGAGAGGGAUUUGUUGGCUUUGGAGGAUAUGAUGGAUGGUGUUGAGAAGGGUGGGGAUGAUGUUGAGAGGAAUGAGAAUAGGAAUGGGAAUAGGAAUGGGGAUGGGAAUGGGGAUGGGGUUGAGGAUGAUCGGAAUGGUCAUGAUCUUGGGAAGAAGGUAGAGCCUAAAGGAUGGUUCCGAUGGUGGUGA